CCUCAUUUUCCCCCUUCCCAACUUCCACUUCAAGUCCGUCGGCACACUAUCGUGCCUUCCCGCAGAGCUGGUCCUGCCCCAUUUCGCCUUUAUAUCAUCACUGUCACUCGACUCACCUGUUCGUGAAGCAAUGGCUCCUUCAAACAAAGCUCGGGCUCCCACGAAGCAGGACCUCCUCGACGAGAAUGCCAUGCUGAAGGCAUCGCAGCAGAACCUCUCGGAUGAGAUGGUUGCUCUCAAGGAGCAGCUCGCCAGCCUGACAGACUCGCUGACGCAAGAACGGGCCUCGCGCGCGGCUGCUGAGAUUCUCGUCGAAAGCAAGCGCAACGAGAUCCAGUUCAUGAAAGAUGCUGCUGCGCGCGAAGCCCAGAAUGCGGCGAGUACUGCUCGUGCUGCGGCUGAGCAUGGCGUGGGCCGCAUGCCAGCCAACGCGCCUUCGCUGUCGGCGAGGCGCGCCACUGGCGACGAGGUGAUUCCGAAGCCGAGAGGCUCCGGAGGCCAAGACUACAAGGUCCGAGUGGAAAUGGGCCUGGCCAACGAGAAGUCGCUGUAUCUUGCCAUAAUGCGGACCAUACGAGACCUGCACCAGAACCCGGUUGUGCUCGGCAAGCUGUUCCGCGCAGCCGAGGAGAAGCACCCCUACCUUCAGCGCUUCGAGUGCUCGUGGGCGACUGCCGAUCUAGUCAAGCAGUAUAUUCGUAACCGCCGCAAGGAUGCUGUUGCCAAAGGGUACAUGGAGCCCCGUGCCAAACGCGCGGCAGCUCAUCAGCAGGCGGAGGCCGCCGCGGUUGCAGGUAGUUCGUCCGCAUCGGGUUCUGCUGAUCUCGGCGACGUCGACGACGAGCCCGAGGACGAUGGGAUGCAGUGCGACUAGGCUGUUGGUUGUGUGACCUCCUCAAAUGCAUGUCUAGUUAUGGUCGUGGUUAGCUCGUCGUUCUAGCCAGUGCUCUCACAUUCGUGUAUCGUUUUCUGUCCACUACAGGGCUUUUUUCGCUACUGGUAGCAGCCCAAUAUCACCCAUUCAUUCGAUUUGAA